AAAGAUACGAUUGUUUGGGGAAACAUGACAACAUGUCAUACGAGUUGGCGGUUUGAAGACAGACGAUGCCGUUUUGUAACAUUUCUUUAUGGACAAAUACUCCAUGUGAAGAAGUAUGUGAAUGACUAAAAGAAAUCGGUAGCUAGAUAUUUAUGCUCCUUAAACAAAUCACAUUGCGGGAAAUCCAUGACGCAAGGCCCGCCUGCGCCUGUGUCUAUUUUCACAAUCACACGUUGGAAUUUUUCGGUUGUUUCAUAUCAUCAGAGUUCUUUGGAGUGGAUGAGGAAUACUACAUGUGUUUUCCCAGAUCACUCGGUCAGUUGUAUUGGAUAUACGAACCGGAUAUGGGCAUAUAUCAUUAACAUUCGGGAUGAGCAACAUGCUUGUGGAAAAAUGCUAUGGCCAGUACAGCUGGCCAGUAUGGGUGGCGGUGCAGGUGUUGUACUUCAGGAAAAGGGGAAGCAUAUUUGUUGGAAGAUGGAUAUAGAAAAAUUGGAGCAUGCACUAGACUUCUUUAAAUCCUGCUUUUUUAUCAGGUAACAUCAUUGAGUACAAAAGAAAUGUACCUUCACAGUAGACAACUUAUAACCUUUCGACAAGAAAUUGGGAUUGCCUGCCAUGCAACCAUUGUACAUAUAUGAAUUUACCAGUCCUGUUGUGAAGAAACUUAUUUCAUCCUAUUUUAAGGGCCAUGUUAUUUAGGAUUUUAACUAUUUGUCCUGCAUCACAAGCUUAAAAAGACUUCAUAAUCUGGCUGCAGAUGGAACUGCAUGGUUUGAAAUCCUCAUAGCAAUUAUGAGAAGCAUGGAGGCCUAUAAACCAGAUAAUGACAAGAUAUCAUAGCUAGAGGAGUACCAGGAAAAUUUACUUGCAGCAAAAUUGUACAUAAAGAGAGACUCACUCAAUGUAGAAUAAUUAUAACGAUGCAGAAUAUAUAUUUAGAGAGAGAGAGAGAGAGAGAGAGAGAGAGAGAGAGAGAGAGAGAGAGAGAGAAAAAGAGAGAGAGAGAAUUAUAUGGUGAUAUAAUUAAACUCAUUGUCUUCAAUGGGUAUGGCAUGUCAGUAGAGAAUCAUGAUUCAUAUGGUGAUAUUUUUCAAUUAUAUACUCGUUUCAGUGCAAUGGCAUUGUACAAAUAAAUAUUUUAAGUGUUGUUAGGGAAGUGGUUGCUAUGGUGAUAUGUGUAAACAUAUUGUCUUCCAUGGGUCCGACAUGUCAGUAAAUAAUUACAUGUUGAUAUAUUUGUAUUAUAUUCUCAUUUGAAGCAAUUGAAAUUGUACAGUUUGAAAUGUUUGCUUGUUGCUAGGGACAAUUGGUUGCUAUGGUGAUAUAGUUAAACCUGAUGUCUUCAUUGGAUUCAACAUAUCAGUAGAAAAUCAUAUCUUGGUAUAUUUGCAUUAGGUUCUCAUUCCAUAUAACUUUAAAUUUUAUGUACGUUGCUAAGGAAAAUCAGUUGCUAUGGUGAUAUGGUUUAAGUCUGAUUUCUCCAAUUGGUCUGAAAUGUCAAUAAACAAAAGUGAACCUUU